AAUUGUAGUGUCUCUGAAAAUUUAAAAUAUACUGUGAUAAUUUCCAUUAAUUUUAGGAAAAUGGUUCCUGGUAAUCCUGUGCAUGAUGAUGAUGAUGUAGACUAUGCGGGAUCAACAAGUUCUGCAGACGAAUAUUCUUCCAGAUCAGACGAAGAAUCAGACCCGCCAGAACAGACUUCAGAGAAAUUGAAUGAGCUGAAGUUAAUUUUUGAUCUUGACUUUGUGGGCUGCGAAGCCAAGUGGAGUCUUUUUGUCGCUGCUGCAGUCAAUUAUAGAUGGGAAGAACUGUUACAUCCAAUACCUCACCGUUACAAAGGCAACACAAUUGAACAUAUUGAACGUUUAUUAAGAACAAUAAGCGAGACUCCUAAAUUAAGUAUUUUAUAUGAAUGUGCAAUACAAAAAGAUUAUGCUGCCUGUAAUCCAUAUGUUGUUGAAGUCUUGCAUUGGCUACUGUUAACAAUGGUUGAACCAGCAUUUCGUUUAAUAAAUGCGGAAGAGUUCGAAAUGAUAAUAAAUACUUUCGACUUAACUGUGUCCGGGCAAAGUCCAACGCAUGUUUUUCAAACAUGUGUUGACGCGCAUAGUGAAGAAGAGUGUACUUUCCGAAACAUAUCCUCAAAUUUCUGUUGUAAAUAUGCUUUAUGGGGUGCAGCACUAUACAAAUUUUAUUCAAUUUUAUUUAAUGGAUUUAGAGCUGAAAAAUCAGAAAAUGAAUAUAUACAUUUAACGACGGAUCUUUCCCAAAGCUUGACUCAUAGCAUUGCCGAACCAUGUUGGGGACGAUCAAGUUGCGGUAUAGUUUUAAGAUGUGUCGGACUAUGCGAGUAUGUAGAACAUCCGGACUUUGUCAAAUUUCGAAAAGAUCCUAAUCAAAAAUAUACCAACGUGUUUGUUAAAAAUGGAGAAAUGAUUCGUCUGCGAUAUAUUAUAUUUUUUGGAGAAAAAUUGCCUUCUCUACCUUCUGUUGCAGAUUCUGAAGUAGUUGAUGCAAUUGUUUCCGUUAGCCCUCUCAAAUAUAAAAAUGAGAAGAAGUGUUUAGCAAUAGGUUGCUAUGCAGCAGCUGCUAUUUCUCUAGGUUUUAUGUACCAACAUAAUACAUUGGGAUUAAAGGCAUUUAUGGAUCAUAAAUUAAACCAAAUGCUUCAAAAAUUGUUGAUAUAAUUUUUUACAUAAAUCCGAUAUAUAUGAA